AUGGGUGAUCACUAUGGAUUCUCUUUAACUACAUUCAGUCCAUCUGGUAAACUUAUGCAGAUUGAAUAUGCUUUAAAUGCCGUUAAAAAUGGUCAACCCUCAGUUGGUUUAAAAGCAUCAGAUGGUGUAGUUUUAGCGACAGAAAACAAAUCAAGUGUUUUAUUUGAAGAUCAACCUAAAAUUGAAACAAUAGCAAAACAUAUAGGAUGUGUUUAUAGUGGAAUGGGACCUGAUUAUCGCUUACUUGUUAAGAAAGCUCGUAAGAUUGCAAUGCAAUAUGAAUUAAUGUAUGGAGAAGAAAUCCCUGUUACUCAAUUAGUUACCCAAGUUGCUGCUGUUAUGCAAGAAUAUACACAAUCUGGAGGUGUUCGUCCAUUUGGUGUUUCUUUACUUAUUGCUGGAUGGGACAAAGAUCCAGCUCGUCCUUUACUUUUUCAAGCUGAUCCAUCUGGAGCCUUUUUUGCUUGGAAAGCUAAUGCGUUAGGUAAAGGUGAUAUUAAUGCAAAAACUUUCUUAGAAAAACGUUAUAACAAAACAUUAGAAUUAGAGGAUGGAGUUCACACAGCAUUAUUAACACUCCGUGAAUGUUUUGAUGUUGGUAUGAAUGAAGAUAAUGUUGAAGUUGCGAUUUGCAAUGCACAAGGAUUUACACGUUUAACAAAACACCAAGUAAAAGAUCAUUUGGCCUCUCUUUAA